CCUGGGUAUAAGAAGUACAUAGAAGCUCUUAAUCCAAGGCGAAUAUAUCGUCUCAGCUUUGUUACGCUGGAUCUUCUCAAAUACCUGCGGUAUGCCAGACUUUACUUUCAACUGACGUCAUGGUAUAACGAUGAGAGGAACCUUAAGUAUUACGAAAAGGGCAUCACGUUUGGCCGCAGAGGCAACAAGCUGGACUUGUACCACCCUCCAAAUGUAGACAAGUUAGAAGAUAUGCCAUCACCAGUUGUAAUAUUUAUCUAUGGAGGUGCUUGGAGUUCAGGAGAAAGGUCCAUUUACUGUUUACUGAGCAGGCAGAUGGCUGAAGAACUGAAAGCAACUGUAAUUUGUCCUGAUUACUGCACAUAUCCAAAGGGGAAUGUUUUAGGGAUGGUCCAAGAUAUCACUGACUGCUUGAUUUGGGUCCACGAGAAUGGAGAGAAAUUCAACUUUGACAAAGUAAGACAGCUUAGUAUUAUUUAUUAUUUAAGUAUUCUUUGGAACAUGAAUAAUAAGCUGCCUAUAUCUGUACAAUCAUUGCCUCCAUUCGCUUUGCUCCAUGGGACCAAUGACAUUGUGCUUCCUGCUGAAUCUACCAUGAGAUUCUCUGAGCUUCUCACUUCACGCUCUGUUAAGUUGUCAUUGAAUCUGCUUCCCAGAGCGAGCCACACUGAUAUCCCCGUUGACCUCAUGGUGUCAAACAGACGCCUCUACCAUCCAAUCUACGGAUACAUCAAAGAAGAGUUCAGAAAACUUCUGGGUACUUGCACAUCAUUAGAAAAACAUUCAAGAAUCUGUAAUACAUACUGAAUGAUCCAUGCAUUUACGUUUUAGAGACUUGUUCUUAUACCUCAAAUGAACCAUUUAACUUUGAGUUUGAUUUAACACUUUCUGAGUUAAUAACACUGUCAUUAUAUUUUAACAAUACUGUGAUUGUGUGGGAGAGUUGUUCUCUACGCUGCUUUCAAAUAAAUAAUCACAAAG